AUAUAUAAAACCAAUUCAAAUUAUCCGGAUCCAUGUCCAGAUCCAUUUUCGCUUCACUUCUAGGGUUUCUCAAAACCCAUUCUAGCACCUCUCUAGUCUCUACCCUCAAAUUCCCUCUGUCGGAGAACUAAUUCCGUCGCCGGAAACCGAACGAACUCACCGGAAACAAAAAAAAUCAGAACCGAAAAAAAUCCGCCGCUGCAUCUGCGAUUUCGUCACGGUCUCCCCACCGCUCCUCGCUCUCUCAGAAAUAUCUCUCACAGAAUGAAUCGUUUGCGAGAUUCUGCUUUCACUCAACGGAAACGACAAAAAGUGUCUGAGCCGGUGUUGACAGAUGAAGAGCGUUUACUCUUUAACCUCAUACGUAGCAGGGAAAACAUAGGGAUAUGGACUGGAGACAUGAAAAGAGAAACAAAUCUUCCUACUACUGUGGUCAAUAAAUCCCUGAAGACACUUAUAGCCAAGAAUAUGAUAAAGGAAGUUACUACUAUUCAAAACAAAGGUCGAAAACACUACAUGGCAAAAGAGUUUAUGCCUUCCGAGGAAAUCACUGGUGGUCAUUUUUAUCAUGAUGGGAAACUUGAUACUGGUUAUAUAAACAGUUUAAAACUUGUGUGCUUGCAAUUCAUUUUCAGGCAGAAAAUUUCCACAUGUGAUGGUUGUGUGGAGUGGAUUAAAAGAAGUACUACAGUCUUUAAUACUGAAGUCACAACAAAACAAAUGGAAGAGAUUUUGCAAACUUUGGUUUUGGAUGAUGAGAUCACGCAGAUGAUAAGUACUGGACUUGGGGAAUUUUCGUCUAUUCCUGUUGGCAAAACUUGUUACAUGAGCAAAAGCAAAGGUGGAGUUAUAGGGGAAAAGAAGACUGCUGACUUGACUUCCAUUCCAUGUUUUUCUUGUCAAAGAAUGAGCUUUUGUUCACCAGAUGGCACUCUCUCUCCAGCAACGUGUGUCUAUUAUCAGAAAUGGUUAGAUUUCUGAAAUCACUGGAUUACUAGUUUGUUUUCUUAUACUCUCCAAGUUUUGACUCUCAUACAACACUUAUUGUAGUUUUUUUUCUUUCUCUUUUUAACUUUAUUGCUCAAUAUAUCUAAGUUCCGUCCACAUUAAAAUAGAGGAAGAGAAUUUUCAUUUCGAGUGAUGAGUAUCUCUGUUAUUUACAACAGUUCCCUCUGUGUUUCUUAUAUCACACCACUGGAGUUUUUGUAUCCACCUCUUUAGUUGAAGAUUCGAUCCUCUCCCGUUACCAGAAGUUCUUUCUGAUGAACGGAGAGGAUCGCAACUCCUGUAGUACCUUAUUUGUGCAUAAGUGCAACUGUGAUGGGUCUUCCUUGCAUUA